AUGAAAGCUCUCGUCCUCGGAGCAACCGGCGGGUGCGGCGCGCCCUGCCUCCUUCGCCUGCUCGAGCGCGGCGUCGAGGUCACAGUCAUCGUCCGCUCGGCCGACCGCCUGCCGGCGGCAGCCAAGGGCCACACGAAGCUGAAGGUCGUGGUCGCGCCAGAGGGUCACCUGGCGCUGCGCGUCGAUGAGUUUGCGGCACACCUGCGCGGCGCCGACGCCGUAGUCUCGAGCUUGGGCCACAACCUCACCUUCAAGGGCGUAUACUUCCCUCCUCGCAUGCUCUGUGUUGACUCGGUGCGCCUCAUCUGCGACGCCGCGCGCCAGCUGGCGCCGUCGACGCCGCUGCGGCUGGUCGUCGUGAGCACGGAAGGCGUGGACCGGCCCGACGGCGCCGACCCGAAGCGCGGCCUGUUGGAGCGCCUGCUGCUCUCUGUCCUGUGGCUCCUCCUGCCGCCGGUCGGCGACAAUGAGGCCGUGCUGCCCUAUCUGCACACCGAGGCGUCGGCCAACCCGCACGUCGACUUCGUGGCGGUGCGGCCCUCUGACAUGGUCGACGGCGACGAGCGGCCGUACAGCGUCUUCGCGACGCUCCAGAAUGGGAUCUUCAACGCCGGCCAGUCGACCAGGGCCAACGUCGGCGCGUUCAUGGCCGACCUGGUGACGAAGACCGAGGUGUGGACCAAGUGGCGGAACGACUGUCCACAGCUGCUCGACGACACGAAGAAGGCGGCGUGA